AUUCGUCCCGCGUUGCGAAUCAACUCAUGAGUGGCCUUGCACGUCACAAAGCAGCUUCGAGCCCUCAUGUCCUUCCGCAUUCCACAUUCCAGGCCCGCCUGUUCGCUUCUGUCUGCAGUCCGCGCCUGAGCACGACCUCGUCAUGGCCACAACGCGUCUCCGCAGGACCUUCGCCUAUCCCGAUUCGGAUUCCAACUCGGACCAGGACGUGCUCGACGAGCAUGAGCAAGAAGAGCUUAUUCGCAGAAUCGUAGACGCCGACGCUCAAAAGACUGAAAAUUACAAGAAGUCUUUCCUCGUUCUCCCGCUGCUUUCCAUCGUCCCCUACCUCCCUUCCCUGACACGCUCCACGCUACUCACCCACCUACUUGCCAUAACAUCGCUUCUGAGCAGUGCCUACGCGUUGUGGAUCCUGCCCUCGAAGGCAGAUGCUUCCCGAUCCACGAAACUCCCACUGGGGAGGCAUGCUGGUGUCGAGGAUGGCCCGCUCAAGAAGUAUAUCGACAACCUGAAUGCUGGCACCUGUGUCCUUCUCGCACUCCAGGCCCUGCGCGCGAAAAGAAGUGGCCUCAUCGACGAAGUUUGGCUAGCUGUCCUGCCUACCUUCGUGUUCUUGCUGCUUUUCCUCGUGCGCUCACAACUGCACCCUGUUGAUGUGAAAGCACUUGAGAAUUUGAAGUACGGAUACAAGGGUGCCUGAUGAUUAUUAUGACGGAUAGUUUGAUAUCAACGAUCACGAUGAUACCAUGGAUUUUGAUCUACUACUUCGCCGCUUGUUUGAUAAGUACGUGAUCCCCAAAAGAGCCAAAGACUGUGCUCUACAAAUUCCACGUUCGCCGUGCCUUGGCUAUAUCGUCUAUAUGAAGCGGCUGUGGUACCUCGAGAUUAAGGUACUAGAGAACCACUAGCGUUGAAUAAUUCGAGCGCCCACGCCUCCCCUCCUUCCUCCCCACGCCCUAAAUGCACGCACUUUUGAUCAUUUCACAUGUUGAUUGAAUCGUGGAAUCUCAAAACGCCAUUACUUCUAAAAAUACCGUCUACGCCAUCGUUGGGCGGACCAAGCUGUUGUCUUGCGCUUUCAGAUUCGGGAUCGGCUGAAACGUCCGAGAUGAGUACCAAACCGGCGGUUUUGAUCGAUUCCGAAAUCUUGGGAGCAAGAUCCUGCAUCAAUGUAAGUAUGCCAGGUCAUCAAAUUUACUUUGCUCUGGAACGUACCAGAAGCUUUGAGCUGCAUAUGAUGCCCAUGAGAUUGUUGUUUUUCGCAAGUUGCACUGCCU